UCUGGAGGAAGUGACGUCAGAGAGCGGCGGUGGCGGCGGGAGCAGGAGCGAGGUACUGCCAGCCUCGCCGCCGUCCCGGUGUCCCCACCGGCCUCGUGUCCCCGUGUCCUCACCAUCCCAGCGUUCCCGCCAUCCCGGUGUCCCUGCUGUCCCUGUCGUCCCAGUGUCCCUGUUGUUCCCGCUAUCCCGGUGUCCCCACUGUCCCCACUGUCCCCGUGUCCACGCCGUCCCUGUGUCCCCAUUGUCCCUGCUACCCCCACCAUCUCUGGCCAUUCCCGUGUCCCGGCUGUCACUGCCAUCUCCGUGUCCCCUCUAUCCCCACCAUCCCCGUAUCCCCUCUCUCCCCACCAUCCCCACCAUCCCCGUGUCCCCUCUCUCCCCUCUCUCCCCACCAUCCCCGUGUCCCUCUCUCCCCACCAUCCCCGUGUCCCCGCGGCCAUGCCGGAGGCCGUUCACUACAUCCACCUGCAGAACUUCAGCCGCUCCCUGCUGGAGACGCUCAACGGGCAGCGCGUGGCCGGGCAGUUCUGCGACGUCACCGUGCGGAUCCGCGAGGCCUCGCUGCGCGCCCACCGCUGCGUCCUGGCCGCCGGCAGCCCCUUCUUCCACGACAAGCUGCUGCUGGGCCACUCGGCCAUCGAGGUGCCGCCCGUGGUGCCCUCGGCGGCCGUGCGCCAGCUCGUGGAGUUCCUGUACAGCGGCAGCCUCGUGGUGGCCCAGUCGGAGGCGCUGCACAUCCUCACGGCUGCCUCGGUGCUACAGAUCAAGACGGUCAUCGACGAGUGCACCCAGAUCAUCUCGCAGAGCCGCGGCCCCGCCGUGCUGCCCCCGCCCCACAAGGUGCCAGGGCCACCGCUGGUGUCACCCCCGGGGCCACCUCCGGAGCUCGAGAGCCUCUCGGAGCCGGUGCCAAGCGGCCACAGCCGCAAACAGCGGCAGCCGCUGCGCCUGGCGCCAGCACUCAAGGAGGAGCAGGAGGAGUUGGAGGAGGAGGAGGCAGAGGAUGAAGGGGGGGCCCAGGAAGGUGUUGUCCCCCCAGGUGUGGCCCCCCCACCCUUCCCUGCCCCGGACCCCCCAUUUUUUGGAGCCUCCGAGGUUUUUCCCGACGCUUUUCUGCCACCCUGGCCCAGCGACGACGGCGGCGGCGCCUUUGGGCCCGAGCGUGGCCGGGAGGCGCUGGGGGGGGACAGCUUCGGGUUUGGGCCCCCCCCGCCUUUGCCACCGCCCUACGAGGUGGGUGUGGAGGGGGGCACUGUCCCCACGGCCCCCCCAGCACCCCCGGCCGGGCCCCCCCGCGGCCCCCAGCCCCCCUACCAGUGCGGCCACUGCCAGAAGAGCUUCAGCUCCCGCAAGAACUACACCAAGCACAUGUUCAUCCACUCAGGCGAGAAGCCCCACCAGUGCUCCAUCUGCUGGCGCUCCUUCUCUCUCCGGGACUACCUGCUCAAGCACAUGGUGACCCACACGGGCGUCCGCGCCUUCCAGUGCGGCGUUUGCUGCAAACGCUUCACCCAGAAGAGCUCCCUCAACGUCCACAUGCGCACGCACCGUCCCGAGCGCUUCCAAUGCCGCCUCUGCACCAAGGGCUUCUCCCACCGCACUCUCCUGGAGCGCCACGCCGCCGCCUCCCACCCCGUGCCCCCACCGGGGCCGCCACCAGGGCCGCCACCGCCACCACCGGAACCUGGACUGAGCACAUGGCCGGGUCCGGACACUGCAGGUGCCGGCUCCACUCACACGGCGUGAGGGGGGGUCCCUGCCCCUCGAAGGGCCUUGAGGGUGGGCCUGGGGGCUCCUCUGUGCCCGUGGGUCUGUUGGAGCAUCCGGGGUGAGACCUGGAGGAAGCGGCUGAGAUGCUCUCCGUCAGAUUUGGGAAGUUGUGGGGACGUUCCCAGUGACAGGAGAAGGGUAACAGAACACCCCCUUUGGAACAUGUGGAACACCCAGGGCUCCGAGCAGUGCCAGAAUCACAGAGAAAAUCCUCUGGAAACUGUGCUGAGACACGUGGGAGUCCAGGAGGAGGCUGGUGAUGGCCAACGCGGUGUCACGGAGGGUGAACGGAGCCCGGGAAGUUCGGUGGCUCUUUGGGAUGCCCACGGUGGGGGGUGACGAUAUCAUGGACUUGCUGCCACCCCCAGAACAUCCUGGAACUGAGCUGGGCACGGGGAUUGGACAGAUGGACCAUGCCAUGAGUCCAGAGGAGGCCACAGAGGUGCUCAGAGGGCUGGACAGAGUUGAGGUGGCCCACAUGGAGAAGGGAACAAUCCUGGGACACCUCAGAGCCCCUUCCAGUGCCUGAAGGGGUUCCAAGAGCUGGGGAGGGACUUUGGACAAGGGCCUGGAGCGCCAGGACAUGGGGAGUGGCUUCAGGCUGGAAAAAGGGAGAUUGAGGUGGAAUUUCAGGGAGAAAUUCCUGCCUGUGAGGGUCUGGAAUGGCAUUCCAUAGAAGCUGGGCGUGCCCCAUGCCGGGAAGUGUCUGUGGAAGGUCCCUUGCCCCCAGACCAUUCCAUGGUGACUGUGACCCCACCCCAGCCAUGGAUGGACACCUGGAGGGACGUGGGGUCCCUCCCCUGGCCCCUCCCCACCACGUGGCUCCUGCCCCCCCAAACAGUGACAAUGAACGUGGGGGGUUCAAUGGCCCUU